AUGGAUUACCUCCGCGCGAUCCCCCAGGCAGCCACAGCCGCACGCCAGCUAGUCAUGAAUCCGCUGGAACAGCUGGAUGGCAUCCUGGGCAAAGUAAUGAAUAGCGGGACCGUCAUCGCCGAGGCGACGGGGUCAGGCGGUGCUAACGUCACCAACAACAUCACAUCUGCUGCCGGGAAGUUUAUACAGAGCUCUGCCGCCGCGAUACCUGGCGCAGCUGCAUCAGCAGCCGCUGCUGCCACGAGCGGUGACGCUGUUGAGGGUGCCGACGGCUUGUUCAACCUGGACUACAUAUGGAACCUCGGCAAGAUCGGUGGGAUCUUCAGCUACAUUACGUCUAGGUGGGCUCUUGCCACCUUCACCGUGGCUAUCCUACUGAAUCGCACCCAGUUCUACGCCUCGUCCCGUAUCCCUUUGAACUUCCGCUGGCACGUUCGCCUCGCCGUCUACCUCGCCCCGAUCGUGACGUUAAUCUACCAGACCCAAUGCCUCCUCCAAGCCAUUCGCUGCCAAACCUCUCCCGAGUGGUCGCAAUUACGCUACAACGACGCGAAACAACCCCUUGCAGUGGAUAUGGCAGGCGAGGGUGGCAUGCUCUACAAGCUGAGUUCAAACAUGCUCUACUGGGAGGAUGACUUGACAUCAUGCAAGGCUGUGAAUAUGGGCCACUCUGAAGGCGAAUUUCUGUCCCUCAACGGAUCGCUUGCACGUCUCUGGCCUCUUUUCUUGAGCCUCUGCUUGAGCCAAUUCGUCGAGACCAUGUCAUGCGCACUCCAAGGACGCCAGCCUAUGCCCGAGACGGGCAUGACCUUGUUUGAACACUCGCUGGCAUUCUCGGAAGCCGAGAUGAUGUUGACACGGCCAUUUGACCUUGGAAAUUCGACUGCCACUGUCACCAGGACCGAUGGAACAACCUUGAAAUUGACGCGAGGGAUGCUCCUCCAGGUUCUCAAUGUCGCGCCCGAAGUCCUUGUCAUGGCCGUAGUGUCAAGCUUAAGCCACUUGAGCAGCAAUUGUCUUGCCGUCCUAGGCCUGAGAACCCGCUUCCGACUUGUCAACACUGGCAUUUGGGGUGUCGCCUACAUGGUCGUCUUCGUAUGGACUUUCCUGCGGAUGACGGGCAUGAUUGGGUCGAUUCCCCAUGACCUUGGCAUACUCCGGAUUCCGACCGUCUGUCUUGUUGGGUUCAUCCCUCACCUCUUGAUUUUGAUUGGUCUACUCGCGUGCGUAAUGAUAUACGGACUGGCCUUGGCCGUCACGGCCUUGAGUCUCCCCUCCGGAACCGAGCAGACCAUGACAUUUAAAGAGAGGUUCAGAACUGCAUAUGGAAAUCUGCAGGCCAACGUCCAUUUUUCUGGCAGUACGCCAAUUAGCGUAAGCUGGUCGGAUGACUUUUACACGGCGCUCCUCAAGAUUGGAUUUACCGUUCUCACGGCGGCAAGCGAGGCUGUCUUCCUCAAUGAGGGGACUCCCAUCCGGGUUAGCGAGAUGACUUGGCUGGAGAGCAAGAGAAUUGAAGAGCUGGUGGCGCGUAGGGCUAUGGUGCAACGCACUAUUGAUGGAAUCCCUGCUGAACUUCGCGAGGAUUUUGUUGCUGAAGGGGUUAAGGCGAUGGACGUGCCAGAAAGUACAAUCGGACUUCGCUCUGGAUACGCUCGUGAACGUAAAACGCGUGGACAGAAGAGCUUGCCCGAGGCCAGAGCCGCCGGCAGGGACAAUGGUGUAGGCCUGCUGCAGCGGCGCGGGCGUUGGAUCAUGACUUACGAAUUCGCCAAGGGCAUACACCGGCUGGUUGUGGCCAUGCAGGCGCGUUUCGUGCUACUGGUCAUGAGCAAACUUGGAAUGACUCGUCGACCGCAGUGGCUGCUGAAGUUUGCCGGCUUACACCAGCGGCCAUCAGCAACGAAACCCUCGAGGAUCAGUCAAAUGGCUGCAGAACUGCGGUCCCGAGAGUUGGAAUUCUGGUACCUCUCGCCGGAUGGCAGACUUACUCGGCCGUCAGAUACGAACGUCGAUGUUGAAGUGGAGACCAGACGGCGGCUUGAAGAGAAUGGGAAGACGUUGUUCGGCGAGGACGUCACCGAGGAGUCACUCAGCUCUAACUUAUACUCCUGGUGGAAGAAUGGUGGAUGGUGGGGCGAUAUCGACUCGAGCGGCGACUACGCCCUUCCAUCCGAUCAGUCUGAAUUCGACGAUACUACGAGUUUCAUUUCUAUGUCGACAACUACUGGCGAAGAGGAAUGGUCUGACAUCGAUGAGGACGGCCGCCGCACGCCGACCCAGGAGGAUCCUCAUCCGGAUAGAGGAGUGACCCCUUCGUUUGACGAUGGCUCACUCGAUCCAGCACAGCUGGCGCGCCUUCUUGAUCCCCAGACAGACGAAGACAGGACUGAAGCACAAGUACUUGCCAGCCAUCUCCGCAGCAAUCGCAUCAUGACCCGUUCGCAGUACCGAAAGGCCGCUGAAUUACAUCGCGGCCGUAUCCUCACAUCUCGCUACCGUCCAGGACAUGUGUACGCCACCAUGACCCCUGAGGAAGAAGAAAGAGCGCUUGAGCAAUACAUUCUCGAAAGGCGCAACGCCACAGCGCAGAAACAUGGCAGCAGCUCUUCCGCCGCAGACACUUGGGCUGGCGGUGCUGACGGCAUGGGGUCCGGCGGUCCUCAGUGCGUUGUCUGUCAGGCCAGCCCGCGCACGAUCCUGGUGUGGCCGUGUGGAUGUCUCAGCCUUUGCGACGACUGCAGGAUCGGGCUCGCGACCCGAAACUUCGACUCUUGCGUCUGUUGUCGGGGCGUGACGGCUGCUUAUUCACGUCUCUACGUGCCUUAA